ACAAGAGCCGUGACGUGAGAGGACGCAGCCGCUGAUCGCUUACGUCAUUACUAGGCGACGGUUACUAGGGGCGGAUGAGACGCAGCAGUGACGGUUGCUAGGGCCCGGGCGCAGCUGAGUGACGUUAGAGGAAUAAGAUUCAGUUGGUAGCGGCGGGAGGACAGAGCUGGCAGGAAUGGCUGGAGUCUGGCAGCACCCAUUUGUAAAUGUCUUCAAGCACUUGCGGUUGGAGGAAUGGAAGAAAUCCAGCAAGGAGGGAGAUGUGACCAGUGUCAUGGACAAGACCCUGAAAUGUACAGUCUACAGAAUCCGUGGCUCCAUUCCAGCUGGAAACUACAUCCAACUACCCAAAACCAGCACUCAGUCCCUGGGUCUGACCGGCCGGUAUCUCUACAUCUUGUUCAAGCCUUUGCCCGGGAAACAUUUUGUGGUUCAUGUAGAUGUGAGCGCAGAGGAUGGUCAGACCGUCCGGAUCUCUUUCUCCAAUCUGUUUAAAGAGUUCAAGUCCACAGCAACAUGGCUGCAGUUCCCAUUUGUAUGUGGAGCCAUAAAGGGAUCUGUGUAUGACGGCACAGCACAGGGUGCUCGGCAAGGAAUGAUAGGCCCUGCCCCCUCAGGCUCCCGCUGGACCUGUCUUCUCUUGGACGUCCAGUACAUCUUAUCUUUGUACCUAAGUCGUAGGUACAGCCACUUGAGGAGUGCCAAGCUCUGCUCUAACCUGCUUGUGAAGAACCUAAUGACCAGUGAUUUGCUCUUCAACCCAGAAGUGAACUUCAUGGAGGCGCGAAAUGCAAAGCCCCUCCCUGACGGCAUUUCUCCUAUGCCUCGCGAGAUGUCAUUCCCUGUUCCCAAGGGAGAGAAGUGGCAUGACUUAUAUGACUUUAUUAGGUUCCCCUCUGAUGGCUCGAAACUGCCCUAUGACUCUAUACAGAAGGGCCAGUCUGUGCUCACGGCUCCUGGUGCCCCCAUGUCUCGCAGCCCAGCUCGGGAACGCCCUCGCUCUGUUACUAUUAGCAAACCUGUGCAGGACAGAGUGUCACUAAUCCAGCAGAUAACCACCCCCAGACCGAUGCCCCAUAGAAGUCUGCUACGGGCAGAAUCUGUUCCUGAACGACAUGUCUCUGUGAGCACGAGGGCUGAAGAGGCAAGAGAUUGGGAGGAGGGAAGCAGAAGUGUGGAGCAAGAUGAAGGAGUUCAUGUUUAUGCACACAAGACAAACAAGCUCUCAAUCCACAGGCACAAAUCUGAUACUGAACAGGUAAUUUGCACAAGAGUGAACAGACCAGAAACUUUGUCUGUGCCCCCAGAAUGCAAAAAACUCCUUCCUGACCCAAUUCUGAAUCUCAGGAGAAUAAUUGGUUUUGGUGGAUGCACAGAGCGAUUUGCACUCUGGACUCAUACUGGCUGCUCCGUGGUGUAUCCAUGCCAUGCCAUUAUAGUGGUUCUCGAGGUGAAGACAGGAGAACAAAGAUUUUUGCUGGGUCAUACCGACAAGGUCUCAGCUCUGGCCUUUAAUGGCAGCUGCACACUGCUCGCCUCCGCACAGACAGGUUCUCUCAGCAUGGUGCGACUUUGGCACUUCCAGAAAGGAAACUCUCUCGCUAUGUUUAAAACUCACGUUCACUCCGUCUCAUACCUCAGUUUCUCACACAGUGGGGCCGUUUUAUGCGGCGUAGGAAAAGACAGCCAUGGAAAAACAAUGGUGGUUGUAUGGAAUACGUCUCAGGCAAGCCGGAGUGGGGAGGUUGUAGUUUUGGCAAAAGCUCACACAGACGUUGACAUCCAGACCAUGAAAAUCGCUUUCUUUGAUGACACACGGAUGGUCUCAUGUGGAAAGGAUAAUGUGCGCCUUUGGCGGGUACGUGGUGGGACUUUGCGUUCCUGUCCAGUGAAUUUGGGUGAAUACCACUCGCUGGAGUUUACCGAUUUGGCAUUUGAGGCCAGACAUAGGCCUGAGAAGGAAGCUGAGGACAGGAUUCUCUAUGUGUGCAGCCGUAGUGGCCAUAUACUGGAAAUAGACUAUAAGAAUGUUGUUCUGUGCAAUGUGAGGCGGGUGCAGCCUGGUCAGCAGCAGCACAAUGAGCGUCGGGACAAACAGACAUUUUCUUCAGGUCCUGGCAUAGCUAUCAACAGCCUCAGUGUUUCUGAAACUAUUUGUGCCACAGGCUCGGAAGAUGGCUAUUUGCGCUUGUGGCCAUUGGACUUUUCCGGGGUCUUCUUGGAGGCCGAACAUGAAGGACCUGUGAGCUGUGUGGCUAUUAGCCCAGAAGGUCUGCGUGUCAUGUCCUGUACCUCAAGUGGGGAGCUGGGGGUCCUGGAUGUGCCUUCUCGGGGCUACAACACACUAAUGCGCUCUCACACCAAUUCCCUGCUCUCUUUCUCCUGCCACCCCACCCUCUCGCAGCUUGUCACAGUGUCUAGUGACAAUACCAUCCGGAUCUGGGAUACUGACACCCUGCAGCAGCUUUAUGACUUCACCGCGGAAGAGGAGACCCCGUGUGCUGUAGCCUUCCAUCCUAUUCGACAGGCCUUUGCUUGUGGUUUCAGCAGCGGGACCAUCAGGUUCUUCGACAUCACAGCUACAGCUUUGCAGGCGGAGCACAAGCAGCAUCGAGGUGAAAUCACAGGAUUACUCUUCUCUCCUGAUGGAGGUCUCAUGUAUAGCUGCUGCUCUCUGGGCUCUGUGGCCCUGUUCAGCAUAGGACACAAGGAGCAGCAUGUCCUGCGGGUGCUAGGCAAUGUGGUAUGCAAGGACUCUGAGAGGGGCCCUCGGGCUCUGUCUCUGAGCAAUGAUGGCCGUCUCCUUGCCUUUGUGGGUCCUACAGAGUACACAGUGACUGUAAUGGACGCCCGGUCGUUAGAUGAGCUCCUGCGUGUUGAUGUGAGUAUCCUGGAUUUAGAUAGUACUUCUCUAGACUGUGCCCUAAGCCUGGCGUUCAGCCCUCUCAAGCCCCACCACCUGCUGGUGACAACCUCAGGCAACAAGGUCUUAUGGCUGGACCCAAAGACUGGACGUCUUACAAGAGAAGUGACUCAUGUGCACAAACAAUGCUGCUCCUCCCUAGUGGUGAGUACAGAUGCCCGGCACAUGCUCACGGCAGGGGAUAGACUCCUCAAAGUAUGGGAUCAGCAACAGCCAGGGACUGUCCGACCUCAGGUAUUUAUUGGUCACUCUGAAGCAGUACAGCAAGUGGAUUUCUCUCCAGACCAGCAAUGUGUCAUCAGUGCAGGUGAUGCCAUUUUUAUAUGGGAUUUCCUGGCAGCCCCUGAUCCUGAGUUUACAAAGACAGACUGUGUUCCAGCCCUUCCGUUUACACUGCACUCAAGUGCUGCUCCAGAUCCUGCCCCUGAGCACAGAAGGGACUCCACAUUCAUCUCCUCUGGGAUGCCACGGGGUACAGCGCCCCGACCUUGCAUCUCCUCCCCUCCACGCCUAGACAUCAGCCCUGUACAGCAUAACAACCAUCCAGAUUUCUUCUCAGAGUCUGACGAUGGUCAGGAGGAGGAAGGGAAGAGAGAAGAGCUGGAAAGGACCCUGGUUCCAGAUAUGCACAGAGCCGAUCUAGGAGACAGUGAUGAACAGUCUUCAGUGGUCAUAAUAGAAUGUCAACCCAACAGGACCAAAGUACUCACGGGCUCUAAAAGCAACAGUAGCCGUGUAAGGGAAGGGAUGGUAAAUUCAAACCAGGAACCACCACGCCCUGAUUCAUACACACAUUUCCACACUCGCUUUAAGGCUUCCCAUUUAGCCAAGGGAAUGUGCCAUCCUCCAGAGGGGCAGGAGAUGCUGGGUCUAAGAGCAGUGAUUGGGUACAAUGGCAAUGGCAGAGCCAACAUGGCAUGGAACCCGGACACAGGCUUCUUCUCCUACACUUGCGGCUGUGUGAUUGUGGUGGAGGACCUGCACUCUGGAUCUCAACGCCACUGGCUGGGGCACCCUGAGGAAAUCUCCACCCUGGCUCUGACCAAUGAUGCCCUUGUCUUGGCUUCAGCCUCCGGCUCAGGGGAUGGAUCCUCCUUGUGUCAGAUCCGUGUCUGGGACACACAAGAUGGUUCCUGCAUGAAGAUCCUGACGCACCACCGUACAGAGGUGCAGGCCAUGAGCUACUCCCGAGAUGACCGUCUCUUUAUCAGCAUCGGUGACUACAGAGAUGGCAACCUUGCCUUGUGGAGUACAAAGGGCUAUGAGCUGUUGGCCACCAGUCGCCUCUUCCAGUCAGUGCAUGCAGUCACCUUCAACCCUGCACACUUCGAUGACUUUGCAAGCGUGGGCCCUGGGGCUGUCAGCUUCUGGAGGAUAGACACUCACGGGACUGACACGCAGAUAAAGGUGUACAGAGCAGCGGUUCCAGAAGAGGUUGGUACGGCAGAGCUGACCUCCGUAGCCUAUAACUCCACGUCACUGCUGUAUAGCGGCUGCAGCACAGGACAAGUAUGUGUGUGGGACUGUCAGACUCACCGGUGCUUCAUGACAUGGGAAGCCGACCAAGGGGAGAUUGGGGUUCUGCUGUGCCGAGGGAACAGGUUACUGACUGGUAGUAACACGCGCAGGAUCCGUCUGUGGUCGGUGGCUGCUGUGCAGGAACUGAGAGAAAAAGGCUCCAGUGCCAGCUCCUCAUCAGUCCUCAUGGAGCACGAGAUGACACUGGAUGGUGCCAUUGUUUGUGCCACGUUCGAUGACGCCCUGGAGAUGGGAAUUGUGGGUACCACAGCUGGUACGCUCUGGUACAUCAACUGGGUGGAGAAUACUAGCAUCCGACUCAUUAGUGGCCAUAGGAACAAGGUGAUGGAUGUGGCAGUUGCUCAUGGUGAGAGCCAUUGUGCCACAUGUGGGGAGGAUGGCAGCGUGCGGAUCUGGUCCCUUCACAGCUGUGAGCUGCUCCUUCAGUUCCAAGUUCUUAACCAGAGCUGCUUGUGUCUGGCCUGGAGCCCUCUGCCAAAGUCCAGCGUCUCCACAGAAGAGCAGAGAAUUGCUGCAGGCUACAGCGACGGCACCAUCAGAAUAUUCAGUGUCUCCAAAACUGAGAUGGAAAUGAAAAUACAUCCCCACCCGUGUGCAGUAACCUCCAUCUCAUACUCCACUUCCGGUGAGGUGCUUCUGACUGGUGGAAAGGAUGGUCAGAUGGCAAUCACUAGCCCACGCACAGGGAUGACCAUCAGAGUGCUGAGCGAUCACAAAGGAUCACCCAUCACCGCUAUUGAGUGCACGAGCAGGAAGCCAGCAGGACUUCCUGUGGAAGGAGAGCUUUGGUUGGCUGCAAGCACAGACAGGCGUGUCAGUAUCUGGGCCUCUGAUUGGUCGAAGGAUAAAUGUGAGCUACUGGAUUGGCUGAGCUUUCCAGCUCCUACUUGCCAAAAGGAUCUGUCUGUCCCCACCCUGGCAGCAUUCUGUCCUUGGCAGCCUGGCACUGUGGUGUAUUCGGGAUUUGGGCUGGAGAAAGAGAUUCUGUUCUACAGUCUAAUCCAGAAGCAGGUUCUGCUGAGGAUUCCGCUCUCACACUUUGCCACGUCUCUUUCCCUGUCUCCCGUGGUGUCACUUAUAGCCGUGGGCAGCAAUGAACGACUCCUGCGUCUCAUUGACACCUCUGCUGGCACCAAACAAGAUUUUGCAGCUCACGAUGACGCCGUACAUCUCUGCCGAGUAUCACCCUCCGGCAACUUACUGUUCACGGCUUCAUAUAAUCAAGUGCUGGUGUGGGACAUUCAGAAUUCAUAGUACUUUGGAUCAAUGUAUGUAUUGUGUCCAGAUGGCCAGCUAAACCUUUGCUUGGCUUAUUAGUAUCAUUAUACAAGGCUCCACUCAACCCAAUGUGCCUUCAACAUUCAACCUUAGGGAGAAGUGAAUGCUCCCCAGGGUGCAGGAUAUUUAAAUGUCAUGUGAUGCUCCAACCGCCAGGUGGAUAGAACUGGAGAAGGCUGAGGACAGGUCUAAACCACGAGCCGUGACUGUGGGAAAUGGCCCUAAAUGGUAAUCUGCAUAAAGAAAGCCAAAUAUUUACUGGGGCUUUACUUGCCCUUUAACUGGCAUCAUUCCCCGGGAUUUCUCUCUAGCAGUGAGCGCGGCACUCAUAGAGCGGAUGUGUUUGUUUAACCUGGGCUGUUCAAUCACAGAGAAGCCGAGAGCAGACAUUUUUAUUUCAAUUUUUUUUUUUUGUAAAAAUUCAAAAUCUAUUUUAUUACUUUUAAUUGGUUUUUUUUUCUUUUUUUGCAAAGAUGUUUUUAAAUAAAAAAAAAGUUUGUGAA